UGCACCUGCGACUGGAAAGGACAAGAAUUAUUGUGAAUCCACACCUCCAAUGCUUGAGGAGAUGUAACAUCUAUGAGACAUCCCACAUGAUUGCCAAGUCUUCACGAUGGGUGACUCCACAGUUGUCUCUGUCAAGAGCUCAUUUCUUCGAUCGCAAACGCGUCUCCUUACCCAACCCGUGCAGCCGUCAUCAAGAUGGGCGGAGCGGAACUCUAAACAAGAGAAUAACUUGCCGGAUGAGACUGUGCGAGAUGUGUUGCGUGAAGUGAACCGAAUUCUACGACGGCAUAACAAAUCAGUCUACUCCUCGCUGAGCAUUCAGCAUGUUGCUGAGCAGAUUGACAAGCUGUACUGGAAUGCUGGAGGAGUGGAUCUUUACUCGUCAAACCCGGGCUCGGAAGACACGAGUGCUUUGCUUCGCGUUCAUGACGACUUCACCGAGCAAAGGCACAUUGACAAGCUACCAGAGGAAUGGGAAGAUGAAGAUGAUCCCACAGCAACAGAGGAGGCUCAAGAGGAAUACCGUGCUCUAACCAAGAAGCUCCAAAGUCUGUCUGAGCGUCGCAAAGCUCUGAGAAACAAGUUGGAAUCAUAUCAACAAUUGGAGUCCCUGUUGGCCCCGUUCCAGCAGCCACUAGAGAGUGUCCAACCCAAUCUUGUAACCCGUGAUUCCGAACUGGCUGCUGAACUCGAGAAGACUCAUGCACUGGGCAUACGGGUAGCUGCCCGAGUUGCCACAAUGAAGGAAUGAAAUGUAGUAUACAAUAGUGGAUAGUUCUCUACGAAAUCAUGAUCUUGA